AACUCUGUGAUAUUCAAACAGCUGUCAUUGACAUACCAAUUUUGCGCGAUCGCGGCUUCUAUAUUUUCCCACAAUAUUAGAAAUUUUUAUAUUUUUUUAAAUUUCGCGACUUAUUAUAUUAAAAUUAUUGUUUGUGUGAAGUUUUUAGUAUCGUUUAAAACAUAAAUUUACGUGACGUCAUGCUGGGUGACGAGGAAACUGGUUGGGAUGACGGCAUCAAUUACAAAGCCAUUUCUUGUGAAAAAAUACCCGAUCUAUUCUUGGACAAAUUGGUUGCCAAGAAUCACUUUAGUAAGUUUGGCAAAAUCACACGUUUUAUAUUACGUCCAAGCCGGCAAAGUUGUACGGUGGAAUAUGAGACGGAAGCGCAAGCCGAGCGCGCAUUGGAUCAAGCCGGUGAUUUCAAUGGACAAGAAUUUCAAAUAGAAUUUGCCACGCGUGAGGUGGCACACGUACAAAACACAGAAGAAUGGGUUAAUCCUGAAGUGCAAGCCGAGUUGGAUGCAAUGGGUUUGCGCCAAAAUGUACCAACAUAUAAACCGCCAGCUGCGGCAAUGUUACCGCCCGUGAAGUCAAUGCAACUACGCACACAGAAACCACCAGCGCAAUUUGCAAGUACAGCUGCGAAAGCCACAAAGUCAGCUCCGCUACCGGAGGUGCCAAAAAUUGACACAGCUUUGCGACAUGAAUAUGAGACCAUUCUACGUAGGCCUGCUUACACCGACGAGGAAAAAUAUCGCGUUUUGGAUGCGCGCGACAAAUUGAUGCGCUUAAUAAGACCACGACAAACAGAUAUUAAGAAAGUUGAACGGACUCAAGGCAUUUGUCCCGAUAUGUGUCCCGAGAAAGAGCGUUUAAUGCGCGAAUUCCAACGACAAGUGUCCACAUUUGAAAUGUGCACGGAGGAUGAGGAGAGCACAUCCUCCAUAUCACAUCGACGUGCCAUCAAAGAGUAUUCGCGCAGUAGCGCUGAUCAAGAAGUGCCACUCGCGCACGAAUUGCGACCUGAAAGCGUGCUACAAAUGGCAAUGCUGUACCUGAUGCACCGCAUUUUGGACCUCUGCGAGGAUCCGCAAACCUCAAUCGCCGACUGGUUUCACUUUGUAUGGGAUCGCACACGUUCCAUACGCAAAGAUAUCACGCAGCAGGAACUCUGCUCAUUAGGCACCGUAGAAUUGGUGGAACAGUGUGCGCGCUUUCACAUACACUGCGCCGCGCGUCUAGUGGCCGAAGAACCAUCUGUGUUUGAUAAAAAAAUCAAUGCUGAAAAUUUGACAAAGUGCUUGCAAUCGCUUAAAUAUAUGUAUCACGACUUGCGUAUCAAGGGUGUGCAUUGUCCAUGUGAGGCAGAGUUUCGUAGUUACAUAGUUUUACUGAAUUUGGGAGACUCCAAUUUCUUGUGGGAGUUGAAGCAACUACCAACACAUAUACAACACUCAAAUGAAAUUAAGCGUGCAAUUGCUUUCUAUAAUGCGCUACAAAACAACAACUAUGUGCGCUUCUUCAGCAUGAUACGCGAAGUGGAGACGUCGUACUUGAGCGCAUGUAUACUGCUUGGCUACUUUAAUAAAUUGCGUUGGCGUGCCAUGGAGGCCAUUAAUAAAUCACACAAUUGGCGUAAGAAUGCUAUUCUGCUACCGCUGGCAUAUCUAACGCGCAUACUUGGGUUUGAGGAUGAGGAAUCCGCGGCACAAUAUUACACCUAUCACGGUUUGAAAUGCGAUGGUCAACGUGUAGUGUUGGAUCGCCUAAAGCGUCCCGAUGCUGAGUACUCCAUGGAACGUGCAUUGAAUCUGGUCGAGUCGAAGCGUACGGUUAGCGUUGGUGAAUGCGUUUGUGGACAUACGCUAGAGUCGGCGCAUAAAUUCGAGAGUCACACGCCACACAACAGCUUCGAUGAGCAUGGUAUACUCAAAUCAUUUGCUUGGACUGCGGAAGAUCAACUGCGCGGCGAGGCGGCAGAAGCGCGUAAAAAGGAACGUGAAUUGGAAAUGCAGCAGCAGCAGGAAGCCUUAAAAAUACAGAAACGUUCAGACUCGCCUGCGCUCACAGUGUCUACUGAAACUAGUGUAUUUAAAGUGCCACAACUCUCGUCUUCUCAUUCACCCAAACAGCAGCCGAAAUUUAAAACUCCAGCGCUGCCGCAAAAACCAGCCGAACCCUCUAUUUUUGGCGGUAAUCAGUUUGCAGAAUCUAAGCCCAAAGCGCAGUCAACAUCAUUGACAAAUUUCAAAUUUGAAGCGCCACAAAGUGCAAGCGGAAGUAACGGUAGGGCUAGUGGCAGCAUAUUCGGCGCGCCCGCAAGUGAUGUUAGCAGCUCUCUUUUCAAAAUGCCUGCUGCUACUGUUAAACCAGCCGUUGGCAUUGGUAAUUCUAUAUUUGGUGGUAACGCAACAACUGCUACGGCAGCGCCGUCAUCGACUGGCGGUUUCAUAUUCGAUACUGUUAAGAAGACUGCAAAUGCCGAUAACAUCUUUAGCAGCGCCGCAAAAGCGACAACAAGCAUUUUCCAACAAGCUCAACAACCACCACCUCCAAAGCCAGAACCCAUGCAAAAUGACAGCAUUUUCCAGCAUUUCAACUCGAAGCCCGUUUUGCCAGGUUUUGUGCAUGCGCAGCAACCGUCGGCUUUCCGCGACACGCAGCCGAAACCUUCUCCAAUAGCACCACAGACAGAUGAACGCGACGCCAAGCGGUUGGCCGAAGCUAAAGCGGCAGCUGAUAAGGCUAAAGCAGAGUUGGAGCUGCGGCUCAAAGCGGAAAAGGCCGAAGAGGCGGCGAAGCGUGAACGCGCAGAAUUGGAGCAGAAGCGUUUAACGUGUCUAAAAGAUUUAGAACAACGUGCCCAAAGUGUUUGUGCCGCAGAACUGGAGAUUGUCAUCGUAGCCGAAGUGGAAAAUAUCGCACAGACCGAAUUAAUGAAAUAUCAAAAGUUCGCAUGCGAUUGCAAGCAUAUUGCUGACGCUUUGCUGGAGCAAAGCAUAGUGCAGCAGCUGGAGGAGUUGGCCAACGAGGAGUAUGCCACGAUGUGUCACGAUCAAUUCAUGCUCAGCCGUUACUUCGAACGUUGGCUGCGCUACACACGAAAGAAGCAAAAGCAGCGCGCGCUCAUGGAGUCCACACCGCUCUGGGUAACAAUGGACACGCGUGCCGAACAAACCGCCAAGUUAAUGCAUCCCAAGGAGGCGGAGAAUUUACAGAUGAUCAAACGUUAUCGUCACGGUGAGCCAUGCAAUUUCGAGCUAUUGCUCUGGCAACAUCCGGACACUUUGGCGCGCCCCUGUGCCACCAUUGACAUAUUCGAGGUGGUGCGCGCACAUUUGACGCACAAGCAGGCCAUAAAAGGCGGUCCUCUCCAGCAAAAUAAGUAUUUCAAACUGCUGCUAACGCUGCCAAAUGACCGAGACGAGUUGCCGGGCUUCGAGAGUUUGUGCAACAAAUGGCUGCAGAAACAUUUGCGACGCAACACGGAUGAGGAGGUGCAAGUCGUUGAUACAGAGGAACAACAUACGAGUCCAUACAUUUGCGCUGCCGAACGUGAUGUGGCGCUGUGUGUGCGCAAAGUGACUGGCAUACCGCCACUGAAUGAGUGUGGUAAAAUUGUGCGUCACGAAUGUGACAAUAUGGAUGCCAUUGUCUGCCUCAUGGGCUGUGACAGCAUACAGAGCACGCGGAAGCGCAUACACCAUCUGCUCAAACUGAGCCGUCUCCAUAAGGCUGUGCCAGUGGCGUUUGUCGUCUACGAUGGCCAGUACACGGAUGAGUUGGAGCUCAGUGACACGCUGCAAAUGGAGAGUUUAGUGAGCGCCGGCCAAGUGGCGGCCUACAAAUUCUUCGGUUGCUUGCAGACCAAAAACGAAUUCUCUUUCGUACAUCAUAUGGGGCGCGCUCUGCGUUUUGUGUCGCGUGAAAAUCGGCUAUCACACAGAGAAGGCGACGCCUUGCAGAUGCAAAGGCUGCAGAGUUGGCUGGAAACAUGCUUGGGCGAAGAGAUGUGGCAACGUUGGCAGUUGUCCUCCGAGCAAAACCCCUCUUUCUCGAAAAUCUGCAGUACGCCACAAUAUUUGGUGGAUUUGUACAAUGAGGCCGUGCAACGUGUGGUACACAUGACCACCGUGGAUUUUAGCGAAACGCCAGAGUUUCCCGAAGAGUUGCGCAGAUUUGUACCCAAGUUGGAUGUGGAUGUACCGCUGGGCUUAGAAUAUUUCCCCAGGGACUGGAAGUCAGCGCAGCGCCAACAACAGAUUUCGCAGUUUCUACAACGUUUGCUGCUGGCGCCCGUCCACGAAGCGCCAAACUUCAGAGACGUGGAAGACUGGGAGUUGUGGCUGUUGAACUAUGCGAGUGCAUGCAUACCGCACGAUGAAGAAGCUGCCACAUUGGCCAGUUAUCAGUCCAUCAAAGCGCUAAUUGAACAGCUCAAUCGCGUUGACUUGGCGGACAUUGAUGUGUCAAUACGCUUCCAGCUAAUCAACUAUUUGCCGGUUAUAAAAGCAAUUGCCUUCACAGUGAUCAACGCUGUGCUUAAAGAUUACAUUGCGAAAUCCGAUGCGGACGGUUACAAGUUGCCCAACGAGAUUAUUUAUCAGCAGCAGGCGCUGGAAGAUUAUCAACUCAUACCAUGGUGGUUGAAUAACGAAGCUGUCGAAGCCGUCAAAGUGGAUUACACAAUAGUUGAGGCAGAAGACACCAGCUCACAAGAUAGGGACUCAGUCGACGAACCGUGUGCGAUGAACAGCGAAAUGUUGGACGAAAUUAUAAAGCAAGCCGAAGCGGUUUCACGUAAGGCGGAGCAAAACUUUUACGCGUUGAAAAAACAAACGCCCAACGCUGAUACAACGGAGUUAACACGCGAUUUGGAUGCAAGCAUUUAUCAGUUCGAAGUGGCAAAACAAAUUGGCUCGUAUGAUGCCACUUUUAUAGCAAAACUAGAUGAAAUCGAUGAUGAUUUAGAGGGCGCGGUGGGCGGUGCCAUUGAGACGGUCGACAGACGCUGCAAUGGUGCUGGCGAUGCCGUAAAUAGUGCGCGCUUGAGUGGAAAUGCAUCAAGUCGUAAACGCAAACAUACGUCGGUUGCCGAAGGCGAUGCCAAUGAUAUUGAAGCCGUUAUGGCACGCGCUUUCAAUGUUAUCGAAAAAGUCGAGGCGAAGCAGGACCGCGCCGACCGUUUUCACAAAUUGGCUCUCCUGGAUUUGUAGUGAAAUCAUAAUAUGUCUAGCGCAUUUUAUUUGCAGUUAGUUUGGACAGUAUUCUUACGCGAAUUUAAUAAAAGCCCAUUUGGUUAAAUUUAUACAUAUUUGCUGAUACAAAAAAUAGGCAAAGCAAUAAAUUGAGAUUGUACAAUUUUACAUA